AUGGCGGCGGCGGCGGUGAUCGGGACGGCCGCCGGCGUGCUGCAGCUCCCCGUCGCCUUCUACCUCCUCUGCAAGCUAGAGCAAGCGCGUGGCAACGUGGUGACCGUCAUGCUGGCCAGCGGCAUCGGCGCGGGGUUCGGCGCCACGGACGACGUCCUGCGGUACGUCCACCACGUGAGAUGGGACGAUACCAGAACAAAGGACGAUCUCAUCGACUACUACAACAAGGCGACCGUCCCCGUGGUCUUCCUCCUCGUCGGGAUGGUGCUGUCCAUGGCCGCCACUGUUGUCUACGCCAGGCUCUGGGCCCGCCUGACCAACGACGACGCCUGA